CUUCUUCAUUGUAGUGUGUGGGCACCAGCAGUAACCUGGUCACGUCUCUGUUCCCGAUGCUGAUGAAAGCUGUAGAAAAGAAUAAACCAGUUCUGGCUGUGAAAUACCUGGAGAAAGCCCGAAGCUGGAUCGAUGACAUUAUUAGAGGCGUGGAGGACAUGGUGAAGAGGUACGAUGAGCAAAACCACAGUGUGGCAUCAUGCACCAGCGAUGUGUUUCAGGAGAAGAAGGAGACUGAAGAAAAGCUGCAGAAACACACAGAGGAGAUGAAGAGUCUGGACGAGGCCGUCAAGAAACUUGAAGACGAGCUGAAAGAAGUCUCCAGAGAUAUGGAGAGCACCCAGAACAGGAUUGACGGAGUAAACGCCGAGCUGCAGGAGCACAUGGAGAAGUGCAGCAAGAGGCGUCACGGGAUCCUGAGGGCCCUGGUGCCCUUUUAUGCAAUCAUUGAGGACGCUAAAAUGAACCCUGCUGAAGAAGCUAAAACUCACUCUCUGAAAAGCCAACUCUCCGGACUGAACUCUGAUAAAAGCAGCCUGCAGAGAAAAGAGUGGGAUAUCAAGGUCCGGCUCACCGACCUGCAGCUCAAACUGGCCAGCUCCAAAAUACAGCUGGGUGUGAUUCCCAGUCCUGUGCACCUGAACGAUGUCCAGCAGUGUCUCUCUCGAAUCAUGGAUAUUCUGAUUCAGUUGAAAAAGUUCUGGGAGAAAGUGGGCACGACGCUGGACACGCUGAAGAAGAAGACCUUCGUUAAUGAAGAUCUGAUCGAUGACCUGGAGGACAUGAAGGAGGAGUUUCUGGAGUCUGUUGAAGCUGCAGGACAGGUACAGUAGCUUGAUGA